GAGUCUCCGGUGAGCGGCGGUGUUGUGCUUGUCUCUCUCAUACUCCGCUCUACAAAGUUUGGCGAGCCAUAUCCUUCUGCAAUCAAACAGCAAAGAUCUAACAUCGUUUCGCUCAGCAUAAUUUCCAUAUUUUACAGACACAAAAAAAGGAACAGAAGGAACUAAUAUCCAGAGGCCAUAGGCAUAUGCUGGUAGCCCCAUUAUCUCCUUUUCUUUAGGUGGUCAAGCAUAACCAAAUAUGGAAGGCACCCCGGUUGAAAUUUUCAAAGAAGACAAGUGCCUCACGGCGCUCGUCGAAGACUGUUAUAUGAAUGCUACUUCGCAGUCUGGAUACCCAGAAGGUCACAAUCUGACUUUUGACUCUGACUGGGAAGAGGAUCCCAUGUCCCCAAUCAUCCCCAUCAUCACAGCUGUGUACUCCGUGGUGUUCGUGGUGGGCCUGGUGGGCAACUGCCUCGUCAUGUACGUUAUCAUCAGGUAUACAAAGAUGAAGACAGCCACCAACAUUUACAUCUUCAACCUGGCUCUGGCUGACGCCCUGGUCACCACGACGAUGCCUUUCCAGAGUACUGACUACCUGUUGAACUCGUGGCCGUUUGGCGAGGUGGUGUGUAAGGUGUUCAUCUCCAUCGACUACUACAACAUGUUUACCAGCAUCUUCACCCUGACCAUGAUGAGUGUGGACCGCUAUGUCGCCGUCUGCCACCCGGUCAAGGCCCUGGACUUCCGGACACCGAUCAAAGCCAAGAUCAUCAACAUAUGUAUCUGGAUGCUGUCCUCUGCAGCAGGGGUACCAGCACUGUUACUGGGUGGCACCCAGUCCAACAAUGGAACCACGGAGUGUGCCUUGCAGUUCCCGGAACCGUACGUGUACUGGGACACCUUGAUGAAGGUCUGUGUGUUUGUGUUUGCCUUCGUGGUGCCCGUGCUCAUCAUCACCGUGUGUUACACCCUCAUGGUGCUGCGACUCAAGAGCGUGCGUCUCCUCUCGGGCUCCCGGGAAAAGGACCGGCAGCUGCGGCGCAUCACCCGCCUGGUCAUGGUGGUGGUCGUGGUGUUCGUAGUGUGCUGGACGCCCAUCCACAUCUUCAUCCUGGUCAAGGCGCUGGUGAGCGUGCCCGAGACCACCGCCGUCAUGGCCGCCUACUUCUUCUGCGUGGCGCUGGGCUACACCAACAGCAGCCUCAACCCCGUCCUCUAUGCCUUCCUGGAUGAGAACUUCAAGAGGUGCUUCAAGGACUUCUGCCUGCCUAAAAAGCUGAAGGGGGACAAUGCCUCAGGGAAGAACAACAGGAGCACCGUGAGGGGAGGAAGGGAGGCCCAACUUCCACUGGAGAACCCAGAUGGGACUAGAAAGCCGGCAUGACUAGCCAUGGAGAUGUCUUCCAUUUCCCGCGUUGGAAAGGAAGACUCCAAUGAUCUGGGCCUAACCCAGGUGACAUCAGGAAUGUAAGCACACACAACAAUGCUAAUUUAGAUGACUGGUGUUCGUUCCAUUUGUUUUACUGUUAGACCCAAAUCAAUGGUCCGAUUCCUCACACUUAGAAAAGGAUAUAUCAUUAUUCUUUGAUGUCGUAUUUAUUUGCACACAUCAAGAGGAGGAAAAAAACAUUCCACAUGCCAACUAUAGGACACACUUGAAAAUGAUAAGAACCUAUAUUAUCUCAGUUUUACUGUGUUCCUUCAUAGUUACUUGUUAUGCUGACUCUGCAUCUGCACAGUUCUAAUUGGAUUGCAAGAUGCAACAUCCUCCUUCUAGCCUCUGCCAUUCAAUGAAAUAGUUAUCCUUGACAAAACAUCAAUAAUGAUUGGGGAAGCGCUUUAAAGGGGCAACCUGGGAUUGGCACAUCCAUCUAUUUUUGCCAUAUCUGUCUCUACCAACCAAUGUGUAUGUGGUGCAGAGAUCUAUUACCUCCUUUGGGAGUGGGGCACCCUUAUGGGUGGCAGGUAGAACAAGGCAGUUAACCCACUGUUCCUAGGCCGUCAUUGAAAAUAAGAAUUUGUUCUUAACUGACUUGCCUAGUUAAAUAAAGGUUAAAAAAUAUAUAAAAAAAUGGCAUGAUAACACAAAAACCUUAGUAUUUUUCAAGUCAAAACAUAUUUGAUUUGUCACAUGCGCCAAAUACAACAGGUGUAGGUAGACCUUACAGUGAAAUGCUUACGUACAAGCCCUUAAUCAACAGUGCAGUUUUAAGAAAAUACACAAAAAAAGUAAGAGAUAAACAAAUAUUUAAAGAGCAGCAGUAAAUAAUAAUAGUGGGACUAUAUUCAGGGGGUACCGGUACAGAGUCAAUGUGCGGGGGGCACCGGUGUCGAAGUAAUAUGUACAUGUAGGUAGAGUUAUUAAGGUAACUAUGCAUAGAUAAUAACAGAGAGUAGCAUCAGUGUAGAGGGGGGGGGGCAAUGCAAAUAGUCUGGGUAGCUGGUCAGGAGUCUUAUGGCUUGGGGGUAGAAGCUGUUUAGAAGCCUCUUGGACCUAGACUUGGCGCUACGGUACCGCUUGCCGUGCGGUAGCAGAGAGAACGGUCUAUGACUAGGGUGGCUGGAGUCUUUGACAAUUUUUAGGGCCUUCCUCUGACAGCGCCUGGUAUCGAGGUCCUAUCUAUUUAUAUUUUUGGGGCUAGGGAAAGCUUGUAUUCUAUGGAGAUGAAACACAGGCCUCGGCAUGGUGGUCUGCAGGAUGGGAGCUACUAAAGAGCUGCUGGAAAUGAGUCAGUCAGAAUAUCCUUUAUACAUGUUGAUGAAAUCCUCAGGGACAUAGAAAGUACUGGGUGUUAGACAUUUUGCCUUGCAAUAUACUCCCUGGCCAGUUUAUUAGGUACAUCACCACGUUCAUAGAAAUGGAUCGCUCCUACAGACAGUGAGCCACGUGGCCAAGGCUUGCUAUAUAAAGCAGGCAGACAGGCAUCGAGGCAUUCAGUUACUAAUCGAUUGAACGUUAGAAUGGGCAAAACAAGUGACCUAAGCAACUUUGAGCGUGGUAUGAUCGUCGGUGCCAGGUGCUCCAGAUCCAGUAUUUCAGAAACGGCACGACAGUGUCUAGGAGAAUAGUGUGACAAACAAAAAACAUCCAGUCAGCGGCAGUCCUGCGGUUGGUAACAGCUCGUUCAUGAGGUCGAAGGAAAAUGGCAAGAAUUGUCUAAGCUGACAGGCGGGAGCCAUAAGCAGACAAAUAACGGUGCAGUACAACAGUGGUGUGCAGAACUCGUCGAUCUUUGUCACGGAGGGGCUGUUGCUAUCACGUUUGCAGUAGACGGCCACACUGGGUUUCACUCAAUCACCAACACUGAACAAUUGAGGAGUGGAAAAACAUUGCCUGGUCCGAUGAAUCUCAGUUCCUGUUGCGUCAUAGUGAUGGCAGCCAGGAUUUGGCGUAAGCAGCAUGAGCCCAUUCUGCCUGAUGUCAACGAUACAGGCUGGUAACGGUGGUGUAAUGGUGUGGGGAAUAUUUUCCUGGCACACGUUAUGUCCCUUGAUUCCAAUUAAGAAACGCUUGAACGCCACAACGUAUCUGAACAUUGUUGCUGACCAAUGGGAUGAGAUGCAACGGGCUGUUCGAAGCAUGAUUGUACCGCCAUCCAAACUGCAGCAACUGCGUGAUGCCAUUGCAUCAGCAUGGACCAACAUCCCUGUGGAACAUUUCCAACACCUUGUAGAAUCCAUGGCCCGAAUAAUUCAGGCUGUUCUGUUGGCAAAGGGGGGUCCGGCCUGGUAUUAGAUGUGUCUACCUAAUAAACCGGCCGGUGAGUGUAGCUGCUGAUGAAAAUUCACUACAAAAAAUGUGUUAUGCUUAGAGUUUUAUUUGCUAUAUUCUAUAAAUGAAUGUAGUUGUCUACUUAUUUACAUAUCUUAUUGACUUUAUUUUUGGUCCAUUUUUGUUUUUAAUAUAUCUAUUUAUCUUACUGUAUUUAUCUGGUAUGCAUCCCAAAUAGCACCCUAUUCCUUAUAUAUUGCAUAUGUAAUCCAUGGACCCUGGUCAAAAGUAGUGCACUAUAUGGGGAAGAGGGUGGCACUUUUUUUUGUGAUGCAAGUUUGUCAUUCUGUAUGUUUCCGGGCCGUAUGUUUUGCCGAAGCAGCAGCAAUUCUUCCUGGGUUCCACACAAAAACAUAAAACACGACAAGUAACAAAAGCACUGAAACACUGAAAGACAAUAACAGUCACACAAAUGUAAAAUAUGAUAUACAACAACAAAAACACACAUAUAUAUAUAUAUAUAUAUAUAUAUAUGUGUGCCUUUUACGUCCAGGAUAAAGCAUCUCCAGCCAGAAGUAAAGGUUUGAUACUACAACGUGGACACUGGGGUCAAUUCAGCGCUCACAUUUAUCAAAAUACAGCCCUGCCAAACCCAAAGUCAAGCAUGUAUAAGUGUGCUGUUUGACCCUAGUCUGGCUGAUGCUCGGGGGACAUUGAGAAGCCAACAAACUUCCCAGUGAGCUAAAUUUGUUUAAAAGGGCGUUGAAAAGAUGCUGUAACGACGUUAAAAAUGUAUUUUUAACCUAUUUUUUUGCUCACUGGAAACACGUUCGUUAAGAAGAGUUACUGUAGGUGACUUGAGACAGGCUCAUGUGAAAAUCCUGGACUUGAAUGUUUUUUUUUUUUUCUUCAAAUUUGACAGAGGGCUUACAUCAACGUUGACGUCUGGAGCUAUCUCCUUUGUGUCAAGUUGUUCGUUUUAUGAUAUCAAUCGCGUGCUGUUUAUAUGGCUUGCGCCUGGAUACACGUGUUCAUAUUUGUACAUUCUUGCCGUAGAGAAACAUGAGUAUGUCAAUGCAACCUAGGAAAAUAAAUACAUUCAGAUUACUGUGUGAUUUAAAAUAUAAAUAAAUAAAUACUAUAUGAAUCUUAUACAUAAAUUGCGUAGUCAGAAAAUAUAAUUGCACAGGCAUUUUGAAAUGUGCCAUUAUUUCAUUCAUGUCAUGGAGCAUUGCAAUGGGACGUAUUUAAACUAAAUCAUUCAAGUGUUUAAACGUUUGGACAAGCAACGUUGGCGAAGCAAAUGCUUGAUAGUUACCUCUGUUUGUAAAUGUUUGAAUUCUCACCACUUAUCCUUUGGAAUGUGUAUUCAAUGACUACGAUGUACUGUGUAACUUACAUGUCUUUCAUUCUUAGAACCAUGGCAUUUGUGGUUAUGAUUCGUGGUUAUAACUUAUGAUUCAUUCUCAGAGCCAUGUAGUACAUUAUAAAUGCAUUCCUCUUCCGUUUAAAGGGGCAAUCUGGGAUUGGUUCAUCCAUUUUUGGACUAUUAAAUGAAAUACAACCAUUGAUUCUUAAAGAAUAUAACUUAUGAGUGCUUCAUGAGCUUAUUUAAACUAUUAUGCCAGGACUCAAAUUAUAAAGUUGUUUGUCGGUUUGUUUUCAUGAAUGGUCAGUCCUCGCAUCAAUAGCUGGUUAUAUUACAUUUCUCCAGCCCCAUCCCUCAGCUGUUUUACCAAAUCAAGUGGCGUUGUGACUGCUUUGUUGUUCUUCAAAUCCCAGAUUGCCCAUUUAUGAGUUUGAUAACCAACCUAAUUCAGUCUAUCGUAUCUGAAUAAGGACCCGGAUAGAGCACUGUUGAUAAUAGCCUUUCGAAUGAUUUUAAAAGGAAGAUGCAUAAAACACAAUCUUGGUGUAUUUUUAGACCUGUUUUACCGUGUCAUUGUGUCCUUUUCUUUGUGACUAAUUGUGGUGUCUUUGUUGGAGUACAGACACCCGUUUAGUCAUAUCAAAGGCACAGACACACAGUUAUGUAAGUGGCUGUCUUGCUGUGAAAACACAGAAACACUUUUUAAAAAAUGUGUUUAGAGUUGAGGGCAACAAGACUUUGAGAUAUGAUUCAAAAUAAUAACAAUAGUUUAUGAAUUCAUACGAGACAGAAAUGUGUCUUCUGCUGUACCCAAUUCUGGGUAAAACAUGUCCUAAUUUGUCAUUAACUGUUGUUUAAUAUCAUUGUUUCAAAAUCUCAUUCACCCGUUCAGUUUUCUUUCAAAUGUACAGGAGGUGCUCAGCAGUGGCGUCGUUAGGCCUGGGUUUCUGUGUCUUCAGCCCCCCCAUGUUUUUGAUGCAGCCCCAAACCAUGCAGUAUAAAAAUUAAAUAUAUGUUUUACUGACAACUUUAAUGACAAAAAAAAAAAAAACAUCCAAUAUACUGUGCUAGACAGUAGCAGGCACUGCAAGAAGCCCCUGGAGUGACGAGGUGCCCGCUGUGGUUUCAGAACGCAGUGGACCACUUUGUUUUUAUUAGUCUUUUUAUCCACUAAGCUACUUACGUUUUCUAGGGUUGUUGCAUUGCCAAGAUGUUAACCUGCAAGUAAGAAUUUCAUUGCACUGUGUACUCCAUGUAUGUUAUGUGUAUAUGACAAAUAAACAAACGUGA